AUGUCUAAAAUGAAGGAGAACAUGUCUGUGCUGAAGAGUUCCCUUGCUAAAAAAGAUAAUGAACUCAACUCUUCUUUUGCUACCUUGCAUGGUCGCAAAGAGACAUACUUCCUUCUUGAGUGCAAGAAUGUUGACAUAUCCCAAACUGAAGAGCAAGUGGCUGAUGAGACAGCAGUUGAGGAGGAUGAUGCCAAGAAGGGCGCAGUUGAUGAGGUGGAGGCAGAUUUGGAGAAGCAGGCAGUUGGAGCUGCCGAGCAAAUGGCUGCAUUUGAUGAGCAUGUAGCUGAGCUAGGCCAAAGCUGA